CUCAGCCCCCAUUGGCCGCCUGGGCCUGCAGUGGGACUGCACAAGGGGCCCACGCCCAGAGGAAGGGAUAAAAGGCUGCCCCUGCCCACCUCUCCUGCCACGCAGGACGCUGCAGCCAGGAGGUGACCACGAAGAGCCAGCGACCGAGAUCACAACGAUGUCUGAGCUGGAGAAGGCCGUGGUGGCCCUCAUUGAUGUUUUCCACCAGUAUUCCGGAAGGGAGGGCGACAAGCACAAGCUGAAGAAGUCCGAACUCAAGGAGCUCAUCAACAACGAGCUUUCCCAUUUUUUGGAGGAAAUCAAAGAGCAGGAGGCUGUGGACAAAGUCAUGGAGACGCUGGACAACGACGGAGAUGGCGAAUGUGACUUCCAGGAAUUUGUGGCCUUCAUUGCCAUGGUUACCACUGCCUGCCAUGAGUUCUUUGAACACGAAUGAACUAGAGAAAGCAGUCAAGCUGUUCCUGUAACAGAGGCGAAGGUCACACAAGGAAGCAGAGAGAAAGGGCUUGCAGGCUAGUAGGAGCUGAGCUUUCUGGCCCUGUUGUAGCAAUUAGGAAGCUUGAUUUACUUUGUGAAUGAAAAAUUGAAAACCUCUUUCCAAGGGCUGUCUUUACCGGUCCCUAUCAUCACUUCCGCUAUGUUAGGCAUAACGUGCUAGCUGACCGGUCCCAGGGACUCCUGGCAAUACCACGUAGGAAAGUCAGUUCUCAGCCACAAAGCCUGUACUAUACUGGCUGUUACGGCUGCUCAGAAUCCCAACCUGGAAAAAGCAAAACUGACUACCAAAAAAAGAUCGGGUAUUUGUGGUUUCCUUAAGUCUCCACUACAUGUGAAACUACAAAGCUCUGUCCACCCUUCGAAAAGGCUGCCGUUUCUUUAAUUCGUUCAUCAUCAGUGCAAGUGGAACCUAGCGUAGCUGGAUGGAGUGACAAUGCUGGCCCACUAGCCUGUAGAGCCUGGCUCAUUUAGAUCCCUUUUGCUACAGUGAGCUGUAAUUACUCAGUAGAUAUUUAAUGCUAACCGUUCCAAAUGGAAAAAUGUCUCAUAAGCCAGCCAGUACUGAGACUAAUCAAAACGGAGAAUCAAGGCUCUACAUAUUCCACAUUCGGUGGAAUUGCGAUGGGCUCACGUUGUGAUGGAUCUGUGGGACAUGUGUGUGUUUUGCAGGAGGAUGGUGGGGUUCAGGACCAAGGUUUCAGAUGAGCCUCUCUGGAGACAAGUGCACUGCAAGUAGCUUCGUCUCUUCCGUCUCCUUCCCUGUCUGUGAGAGGAUGGGUCACUGCUGAUGUGUCUGGUCUGUUGGCGAAUGUCGUUCCUGACUUGUUUGUGCUGCUCGUAAAGUCGGUGUAUUUGGAAAGCUGAACUGUUAUGUUUUUGCAUCCACGGAUUCAAAUAAAUCAAGUCUCAAUUAAUCAACUUACUAAUAUUAAAAAUCACUUCCAGGAAAAUGCAGAUUAAUCUUACCCACCUCUUUUUCUGUUUUAUUGAAGGACACAGCUUCAUUAAAACGCUGAUCGCUUGUAUUUGCAUUAAAUAAAAGUACUGUGACAAGUC